AUGAUCCAAGGCAGUGGAAGAAGAAGAAGAUGGAGUAGGGAGGACCCUCCAGACUUCAGGCUGGUUCUUGUUGGUAAGACUGGAUCAGGGAAGAGCUCCAGUGGAAACACCAUACUGGGAGGACUGGUCUUCACUGCAGCUGCCAGCCCACUGUCAGUGACCAGGCAGUGCUAUAAGCAGACGGGUCAGGUGUCCGACAGGCAGGUGACCAUCGUCGACACUCCUGGACUCUUUGACACGUCGCAGGCUAAUGAAACCGUGCAGAGAGAGAUCGCCAAAUGCAUCAACAUGUCGGCCCCGGGGCCCCACGCCAUCCUGCUGGUCAUCAAACUGGAGCCCUUCACAGCAGAGGACCGAAACGCCGUCAGGAAGGUGGAGGAGAUCUUCGGAGAGGAUGCUUGGAAGUACACCAUCGUCCUCUUCACUCACGGAGACCGAGUCAAGUCAGACUUCAAACAGCUGCUGCAGGAGGCUGAACCUGAGCUGCAGGAGGUCCUGAAGAAGGCCAGAAAUAGAUAUCACGUCUUCAACAACCUCAAAGCCAAUGAUCGUGGACAGGUCCUGGAGCUGCUGGACAAGGUGCAGGAGAUGGUUGGUGCCAACGGAGGACAGUUUUACUCCAACGACACCUAUGAGGAGGUGGUGAAGAGGCUGGAUGAGAGAGAGGCCGAACUCAGAGAGUUCUACGAGAAGAAACUGGAGGAAGAAAUCAAAUCUGUGGAGGAAAAGUACGAGAAGAAGCUGAGUGAAGCUAAAGAGGAACAUCAACAGAUGGAGAAGAAGCUGCAGGAUGAGCUGGAGGAGGUGAAGCGCUACUACAGAGCUUUAGAGGAAGGAGUCCGUCACGUUGUAGAGCAGACGGUCAAGACUGACUCCAUAAUAGAUAUUGGCAAGUUUUGUGAAACCCUGAAACUGAACUGAACUCUUCUGGACUCUCGACUGUCUUGUGCAACUCUGCUGAAACUCCACCAAAACACUGCCGCUGCAUGCUGGUUAUAUGAAAUAUGUGAAAUUUUGUUGCUUUUACUCUUCCUGUAAGUCGCUUUGGAUAAAAGCGUCUGCUAAAUGACUAAAUGUAAAUGUAAAUGUAAAUGUGAAAUGAU